GCUUGUCAGGGCAGAGAGGAGAUCUGGAAGGCGGCCGGUCUUGGUUUAUCGAGGGAGAGAGCACAGAGGGAGACCGAGAAAGAGAGAAGGGAGAGGAACAGGCGGCGGCCGGCGGCCGACGGCGGGAGAUGGAAGAGGAGCACCGGCGUUGGGAAAACGGGCGGCAACACCGAUCUGGAACCAUCGGCGACGACGAGGUGGCCGGCAAUGGUGUUCCCAGGUGUGCGGAUGAGGAACAUGUGGCAUCUGCACAAACGCUACAAGAGGCAUCAUCCAUCACUGCCACUUCCUCGUCCUCCCUGCAGGCAGAGGCAAUAGCUCAGGACACCAUUGAGGUCUUGCCACCAUCAGGACGCUGCCUUUCCUCGUCUCCUGGGUCACUUGUUUUGUCCCGGCUAGAGCGUGACUGGGGAUUCAGAUUUUACAUCAGGGUUGAUCGUCAGGGAUCUUUCCACACAUAUCCUGAUGUGGGUGGGCCAUUUCAGAGCUUACUGGAAGCUGACAAGUCUAUCGAUCGCCAUCUUGAUGCCCGUCGGGAUCCAAAAAUGUGCAUGGAGAAAGAUAAGAUUCCUCAAAUGGAUAUGCUUAUACGACGAUCCCUUUACUGGCCUGAUGGUACAAUUAAGAAGCGUACAAAAUCACAUGUAGCUGAGAAAACCCAUGAUCGAAUGUGCCGCUUGGUUCAAGCUUUAGUGGACAAGUAUAAUGAGGAUCACUAUCUAUUGGGGGAUCUUGCAUAUGAACUCAAAGAUGUUUUGGGCUACCAAUCGUUUUGUGAGAAGCGUAGGUGCUACUAUCAUCUCAAUUUCACUACAAAGAUUAAAGGAGCCGAUGAUUUAGACUGUGGCGUCGACAAUCUAUUCUUUGCGGAAUUCAAACAUAUACGACAAGGAAAACAUGAAGUGUUUGUCAGCUGUUUAUGCAUGGUUAAUCCUAUUCAUAACGGUCUACUCUGCUAUGGUUGUAUCAACAAUGGAAAUCUUGGUAUGAAGCACCCUGACAGUUCUGUUGAAUUUGCUGCUGGUCACUUGGAUGCGCCUUUGCCAUUUGGAUGUUUUAGAGAGUUGAGCGACUCUGACGAUGAUGAGAAAUAUGUGAAAACUAAGGAAGCUAAGCUAAGGCAUAUGUACCAGGGCCUUGAUGAUCCGCAUGUUGUGGAGGAACUAUUCACACUCCCUCCGGGUGUUACUAUUGUGGAAGACUAAGAAGAGCGCUGGAGUGGGAGGACUAAGGAGGGCACCGGAUUGAAACAUCACAGCCCGUUGCACUUUCUUGUGAAUGAAUGUAUAUUUCGCCAGCAACAAACCUUUUAUUAUGCGUUAUUCUUCCUAAGUCCAAGACCCAGGUUGCUAUUUCUUGUUGCUAAGACGUAAGCAAAAAAAAAGCCUAUCAUAUAGUGGCACUGAGAAAUCAUUUGGGUUGAGAUUAAGCUAUUCGUAACAAGCUACGCUUAAAGAAGUUCUGGUUUGCA